UGCAGCCGCGGCCGCCGCCACUGCCGGGAGCUCCAUGGGCUGCUUCUGCGCGCCGCCCGGUGUCUGGCCGAGCCCAGGGAGCCGCGGCGCCUCGUGCCGAGGAGCCAUCGCCGCAGCCCGGGGCCGUGUCCCGGGUUGGAGACUGCAGGGGGAGGCGACGGCGGCGGCGGCUGGAGCCCCCCGGGGGCCUGGGACUGGGGAACUGCCUCCGGCUUCACGAUGCCAGUAUGGACAGAAUAGCUUAUGAUGCUUAUCCCCACCCACCACUUCCGAGACAUUGAGCGGAAACCAGAAUACCUCCAGCCGGAGAAGUGUGUCCCACCACCCUACCCUGGUCCCGUGGGAACCAUGUGGUUUAUCCGUGACGGCUGUGGCAUUGCCUGUGCCAUUGUCACCUGGUUUCUGGUCCUCUAUGCGGAGUUUGUGGUCCUCUUUGUCAUGCUGAUUCCAUCCCGAGACUACGUGUACAGCAUCAUCAAUGGAAUUGUGUUCAACCUGCUGGCCUUCUUGGCCCUGGCUUCCCACUGCCGGGCCAUGCUGACGGACCCCGGGGCAGUGCCCAAAGGAAAUGCCACUAAAGAAUUCAUCGAGAGUUUACAGUUGAAGCCUGGGCAGGUGGUGUACAAGUGUCCCAAAUGCUGCAGCAUCAAGCCCGACCGAGCCCACCAUUGCAGUGUUUGUAAGCGGUGCAUUCGCAAGAUGGACCACCACUGUCCCUGGGUCAAUAACUGUGUCGGCGAGAACAACCAGAAGUACUUCGUCCUGUUUACAAUGUACAUAGCUCUCAUUUCCUUGCACGCCCUCAUCAUGGUGGGAUUCCACUUCCUGCAUUGCUUUGAAGAAGAUUGGACAAAUCUCCUGCAAGCCUAUGGACUGAACAGGAAAGGACCGGCAGAGGCCCGAAUCUCUCUUCGUGAAAAAUUGCAGUCCCUUAAAGUCAGUUCGACAGAGUGCAGCUCCUUCUCGCCACCCACCACGGUGAUCCUCCUCAUCCUGCUGUGCUUUGAGGGGCUGCUCUUCCUCAUCUUCACAUCGGUGAUGUUUGGGACCCAGGUGCACUCCAUCUGCACGGAUGAGACGGGCAUCGAGCGCCUCAAACGAAAGAAUCAGCCCAGGCAGCGCGCGGGCAGCUGGCAGUCGGUGAAAGAGACCUUUGGUGGGGACUUCUCCCUGAACUGGUUCAACCCCUUCUCCAGACCGUGUCAGCCAGAGAUCCCCAGUGACAAGGACUUGGUGCGGCAGGUGGCAUCGCUGUCGGACACCGACUACGCUGAGACGACGGAGGAGCAGUCAGAGGAGACGAGGGACGAGGACUCUGUGGAGGUGACAGAUGAAUAGAUGCUGCUGUGGGGAGAGAGCCGAACAGGAAAACAUGCCUACCGACCUCCCUACGGGGGUUUUGGCUACAGGGGCUCGUGGGGGUGACGCUCCCAGCGCCCCAAUGCCUCCCUCAGGCCCUCCGCCGCCUCGCCACCCCUUGGAGCCCCUCCUCCUCCCUCUGUCCACGUGGGGCCACAUCUGGGGUGGGGGUGGCCUGGGGACAGCAGAGGAGGAUGGGGGACUUUCUCUGAGUUCACUAAGAAGAGUCUGUCCCGAGAAGGAUUGCCAGGAGCCAUUCUCCAAGGCAGGGCGGCUUGCACAGCUCUGCCCAGUAAAGGAAGCCUGACCAGGGUGGCCCAGGGUGAAAAAGGGCUUUUCUCGGGCUUUCCUUGAGACUCCUGUCUUCUCUUGAGAAGACUGGGGCCCUGGGCAGGGCUUCCCCCACUGCCUACUGAAAUUAGGAGGGAGAUGUGGCUGCCACAGCUACCUCCGAGGGGCCAGGCGAGGUCUGAGAGGAGGCUGUACACACACAGGUGGGACACGCCCAGCGUGGACACGAGCCUGAGUUAGGAUGGUAGCACCAAACAUGAGCUCCUCUUCCAAAGACACUGGAAUCUUCACUGAGUCAGACAGCUUGGAGCUGUCCCACCUGCGGCCGCGGACCUCCCCAUGCACAGGUGUGGGUAGGAGAAGGACCUAGUUAGAGCUACUGGAGACUUGCUAACCUCCCCCAUGAGAACUUAAUUUAACUUUCCCUGUCGGAGGGAAUCGGAUAGCACACGUGGGUAGAACUGACCCGAAAUCCUGCCUGUGUGUUUUAGGCCAGUUUUCUCAAGACGAUGCCCGUCUUGUCUCUGAAAGGAUGAGUGUGGCCCGGGCCUGCAGAGCGAUGAACCGGGAAGACAGACAGAGGCAGACAGACACGCACUCUGCCAGGAUAACCUGGACCCUAGUCACCCCUCUUGAGGCUGGGGAGUCUGUGACCAUCACCACAGGUCUGAACAGGGGUCCUGGUGCUCCUGAACCCCAUUCCGGUGGUUGGUUCUGCACAAAGUCCAGCAGAGGCGUUCACAUCCCAAUUUGGUAUAAGAAAUGGAUUCCCUACCCCCCUCCCCGGCGUAGGCCUCUGUUCUUCUCUUUGGGCCGUUCCCGUGUCGCCCGGCGUCGGCAGAAGGCAGGGCGCUCAGCAGAGCCUGCCCACGCCAGUCGCUGUGUGGGGCCCCUCUUCCAGCUCCAGGCGAAACGGCGUGAGUCUUGGCCCAGAGGGGCCGUGGCCCCAAUUCAGCGGGGCAGAAGGUCAGUGUUUGGCCUUAGGACACUGAGAAGGGAGGAGGGCCAGGCACUGGCGCAGUCCUGGGGAGCAUCCUAGGCCGUGCCGUGAGGGCGAUGGUUCUGGCAGAGCGACCCUCUGUCCGGGAGCGCUGCUCAGAGGGGCCAGUGCUCACACAGCCUCCCCUGUCCUGCCCUUGCUCAGAGCUCUCCAGUUGUGUCCCACGAGAAGGGUGACGGCAGGACUCCAGCGUCAACAGAGCAACCAGAAAGGCCGGGGCCUCCACUCCCACCUGCAGGCCCCGUUUCCUGGUCCACAUCAGCGUUAAUAUUCAGUAAUGACCGUGGAAGGAGCCGAGUCAGCUCUAGAGGCAGUUAACUCACUCUAGGGGGGAGCCGUCCUCUGACUGCGCAGACCCCUAUUUGUUUUCCUGACCCGGAGGCAGCCCUGGGCUGCCAGCGUGGUGGAUUGUGUACCAAAGAGACGGCAAGGAGGCCAGCAGGGCCAGCUCCCGGAGUCCCCUAGGAGGCAGCAGUUAGAAUAAGGGGAGAGGGUUUGCCAGUCACUGUUUGCUGACAUCAACCUCUGUGCUGGGUUCAGGCCCGAGGUCAGAGGUGUCUGCAAAUCCGUAUGACCCCUGAGAAACGUCCUCGCACGUCGGGGUUAAAACUGCCCUUCCUAGGGGCCAGCUUGGCCGGAAAGCAGAGGUACUCACCAGCCCCAGACCCAAUUCUGUUUUCAGGUUGGUUGCUCUGGAAAGGAAGGUUGGCGUGGGGAGGCAUUUUGCGUGCACACAGGCAGACCCUGCCCCACUGCCCCCCGACCCCACCUCCAUGCUAGACCUCAGCCACAUCCGUCCGCCCUGUUCCGGGAGGUGCUGAACUGGGCCACAGCCAGGGUCAAGUGGGCGACAACUUGUCCAGUAUCCCGAGCCCUGUGCCCCCACACCAAUGACACAGUGGCCUUCUCUCUGUGGUAGCUGUUGACAGCAUAACAUUCUGCUUAGCCUUAAACUGAAAGCAUCGCAGCUGAUGUCAAAACAAGAUGAGGACUGAUAGGGAGGGAGGCUGGGUGCAAACCUUUGCCUCUGUUUGAAUAAAAAGCUCUUUGCUCAA